GCUGGGGAGGGUCAAAUCUCGCGCGCUGACGUGAUGUGUGCGGAAGUACCGCUGAUUCAGCUACUAACAGCUGGAGCUGCUUCGUGCCAGGAUCACACUAGCGGAUCGUAGAGGGCGGAUUAACAGAGAUGGACGGCAAUUUGACGCUGCAUUUAGCGAACUUCAGCACUCUGUUCGUGUGUAUGGUGCUGAAGUUCCCGCAGAUAUUCGUGAUGAUGCGGGCCAGAGCGAGCACUGGAGUCAGUCUGAACAGUCUGCUGCUCGAGCUGCUCGGGUUCAUAGUAUUCAUGUCCUAUCAGAUGUAUUAUGACUACCCACCGCUCACAUACCUGGAGUAUCCCAUCCUCAUUGCUCAAGAUGUCAUAGUGCUCCUGUUAAUCCUGCACUAUAACAGGAACCUGAAACACAGCCUCAUAUACGCAGCACUGUUUGUGGGUGGAUGGCAGCUGCUUACAGUACAGAAGUGGGUGAUUGAUCUGGCCAUGAGUUUGUGCACUUUCAUUAGUGCCAGCAGUAAACUGGCACAGCUUCAGUGUUUGUGGCAGUCAAAGGACUCCCGGCAGGUCAGCACUCUCACCUGGGCUCUGGCCACAUAUACAUGCCUGGCGAGGAUCUUCACCACCGUCAUCACCACAGGAGAUACACAAGUUCUCAUUCGGUUUGUCGUCAUGACCAUUCUGAACAUGUGGGUCACGGUUACAGUCAUCUACUACAAACCUCAUGCAGUGAAGCAGGAUUAAGAGGAUGUCACGCAGUGGAUCUCAGUGUAUUCUCAAUGUAUUCUCUGUCUGCUGGUGGAGGUUUUUUUUUCUUCUAGAUUCAGGUCAGGUGCUAAUUGCGAUUAAUCACAUCCAAAAUGAAAGUGUGUAAUUUCAUAACACUAUAUUCAAAAAAAGUCACACACACACAUAUAUAUAUAUAUCUGUAGGGGAUAAUGCUCAGCUAGCAUUGCAUUAAAUUAUUUUAUGAUUUCACAAUGUGGAGGCCCAUAACUACCAGAGGCGAAGGGAUGGUGGUUGCCUCAGUGGAGUGCAUUGAAAUCAUUUAAUACACAUCUAGCUGUGCAUUAUUCUGCUUAUACCAUGAUCAUUUGUCAGCAUUGACAACUUAAAAUGAUGUUUGCAGCACAAUAUUUCACUGGAAGGAUAAAAAUGGUUAUUUUAGUCAGUUACACCUGUAGACAUAGCAUUUUGUCUACUCUAAAAUUAGACACAGCGAUUAAAGUAGUUUGGUGAGAUCACAUUUAUUUGAAUUAAUUAUAGCACUUAUUUAAAUUGAUUACCGAGAAAGAGAUAAAAGUUGCAUUUGUGAAUGAUCUGCAUCUCAAUGAAGUUGUGAGUUUAGUUACUCCAGAAAAAGCAGUUUUAACUUUUGUUACUGAGAAAUAUAAUGUAGCAAUUAUUUUGUCAAUAUUGUAUUAAUAAAAGUCACAGGACAACAGUUUCUGUGCUCCCGAAUGCUUUAAAAGCAGACACUGUUGAACGUAAGAUUGCAUUAUAUUUGAAUGAAUAAUUAGCCUGCAAUAUAUAUAGCCUACCUCAGUUCUCCACAGAAAUAGUGCUAACAACACAUUUAAUGUAUUACAUUGAAUUAAAUAAAAACUUUUGAAAAUUUUUAUAAUUAGGAAGUUUAGGCUGCUGUUUGUUUUUGGUAUUUUAUUAGACUACUUAAAUUAGCCUGAGGCUAAUGGAUGUUGAUCUUCACAUUUCCAUUGAUCGUUAAAUUCAUGUUUAAGCUUGGAGGAGGAUGGAUGUUUGAGAAUAGUCUGUUUUUCUUUGCUUGUUGAGGCUCGUGCAUCAGAUGGACACUUUGACAGGUAUUUUUUUUUUAUCAUCCUGCUGGAGAACUAAAGACUCUUUUGAUAGGUAUUGGGUAUUUUUAUUUUAGGUGCAAUUAAUCGAUUUGACAGCCCUAAGUUUUAUACUGAAUUGCAGUAGGUCUCGUCUUCCUUGCAUCUAUCAGACUAUUUUAGACACUUUUACACUUAAUUCUUGUGUUCAGCUUAAAAGUUUUCACUCUAUUUUGCUGCCUUGCAAGCACUGGUAUUUUCUUCAUAACAUGCAAAUAUAUUAUGUAUUGGGGUGUGGUACAGUGUGUACACACACACACACACACAUAUAUAUAUAUAUAUAUUUUUUUUUUUUUUUUUUUUUUUCAUUAUAAUUGUUCUAAAUCUCAUACUCCCAUGAAGGAAAGCAGAUAUGAAUGAUGUGAACUCACAAAUGAUGAAUUGUAUUUGACAUAAGAAGGACAUCAGAAGUCUGACCAAAUAGUGUUUUGAAACCAUACAAACAUUCCUAUCCUUCACUGAUUCUCACACUGGUCAUUUCUUGCCUGCUGCAUUUAUACAUGUUCAGAUAUAAAUGUAUAUGUUUUUCAAAGUUGUUAUACUGUAAGAAGUUUAGUAACUGUCUUUUUCUUCUCAGAACGGAAAAUAUUUUUUGACAAAUUUCACCUAAAGAACUUUUAAAACUGAUUAAUGAUCAGGUUGCUAUGCAGACUGUUUACUGUAUUAAGAUUUAAUAUGAACUAUUAAGUCUAAAGCACAUCUAUUGUCUAUUCUGGAAGUACUUUACUAGAUCUGUUCAUUUGUAUUUUAUAAAUCAAUAAACAUUCCUUUUAUGUGAAAAUAUGUCUGGAUUAGUUUUUGUGUUACAUAAUUAAAUAGUAUAAAAAAGAACUAUUAUGUUCUACAAAUGUAGUUUUCUGAAUCGUUCUUCUCUGGUAAUCCCAGAUAAUAAAAGCUUGAUGUAUUUUGAACGCAUUAACAAUCAAUACAGAUAUCAUAUGUGUAUUAAAAAUGUAUAACUUCUGUGAUAGAAGCAGACAAAGUAAUGACCACAUUGUUUAUAUUAAAACUUUACUUCCUUUUUACUACAUUCACAGCUAUAUACCCAUUUAACCAACUACUUGUGUUUACAAAAAUAAGCAAAAGUUAUACAGGGUUUCCAAACAACAAAGCUACAUAUGCUUUUCAUUUUAUUGUCAAACAGUACAUCAAUAUAAAACAUGCAAAUCUGGAGGCAGAGCUUUAAAAAUAAAAUAAAAAAAGUGCCCAGACCUGUAUAAAUAGCAAACCAACUGGUAAGACGGCAGGUCAAAUAUACGCUGUAUAUUCAUAUAUUUAUAUAUAUAACGUGUAAAAGAACACUGAUAUGCAGUCACAGCACACCCAGAGAUACACACUGUUUGCUAUGGUGAAGAAACAAACAAAAAACUGACUUCAAAUCACAAAAAAAAAA